AUGUCAACAAAAAAUCCCCUCUCACGCGGGCCCAGAGUCGGCAUGACGCCCACCGAAGAAGUCACAGCACGCAGCCUCAUCCUCGCCCUGAUAAACCGCUACGCGUCCCUCGCGCGCGGCAUCCCUGAUCCUCAGGUCAAUCAAGAAAUCGCAUCUCUCUUCCUCCCCAAAGCUACAAUCUCGCUGCCUGACGGUCGCGUCCUCUCGCCGUCCGAAAUCGGGAAGAUCACAGAAAGCAACCCGCCAGAAUUGCUAAGACAUCAUGUUACGACGGUUGACGUACAAUUUGACUCGAAAAAGCAGGCCAGGUGUCAGACGUAUAUAAUUGCGGGAACGCAUCUCAAGAUGCCGGAUCAUUGGGGGAGGUGGGAUGCUGACGUUGUGCAGACGGAGGAUGGGAGGUGGCUGUUUGCGAGGAAGGUGAUUCUUGUUGAUGGUAUGGAUGAGGGGGGUUGGUUGCAGGGUCUUGUUGAUGCUAGUGUUGCUGCAACGGAUUAA